AUGUGGGUUCACCUGAGGAUGGAGGUUUUUGAGGACCCUCCUCUCCAUGGUCUUCAUCAGAUGGAAAAGAAUAAAAAUGUUUCUGUUUCUUCUGUUUCAGACAAAACUCCUCAGGACCUGCUGAAUGGUGAUAAUGUGACUGUGAAGCCAACAGAAGCUACUGCAAGUCAAGAGCAACCUGAAGCUGUCCCAGAUUCUACUGCAGCAUCAGCUUCAGACGACAGUGACAGCAGCAACAGUGAAGCUGUCCCAGAUUCUACUGCAGCAUCAACUUCGUCAGACGACAGUGACAGCAGCAACAGCGAAGCUCCUACAGAUGGUUCAACUGAAUCACCAGCUGCUUCAGAGACCUCAGAUGCAGACAGCAGCAGUGCUGGGGAGGACCUCAACGUAGACAGCACCGACAUCAGCAGCCUUGAAGUUCAAGAUAACGGAGAGUCUACAGAGAAGGCCAAUGACAUUGACACGAAAGAGACCGAUGAAGAAAAAGAUGCCAAAGACAAUGACAGCAGCAGCAAAGCUGAUGAGGACGAAGCAACCGACAACAGCAAAGACAACAGCUCUGAUGAUGUGGAGAUCAAUGAAGGCAAAGACACUGAUGACGUCACCGAUGGCGCUGAUCAUGAUAGCCCUGAUGACGGCACCGAUGAUGGUCCUGAUGACGGCACCGAUGAUGGUCCUGAUGACGGCACCGAUGAUGGUCCUGAUGACGGCACCGAUGAUGGUCCUGAUGACGGUCCUGACGGUGAUGCCAAAAACAACAGAGAUGACAGUACAGAAGAAAGAGUCGACAGCAUUAAUAGCGAUGAGAAUGACAGAGUGGAGAGUGUCGAAGGGGCUGAGGUAGAGGAUGAUACAGAGGAGCAGGAACGGCAGCAGGGGGAGGAGUCAGAGGAGGGGGUGAUAGUUGAUGUAGAGGCAAGCGAAGAUGCAAGUCAGGUUCAGGAUGGAGAGGAGGCUGAGGAGUCAGACAAGGAUGUGAAGAGUGACGAAAAUAAGGAAGGAGAUAAAGGAGGCAAUAAAGAUGAGAAGAGCUCAGAGCAGGCCACAGAAGAUAACGUAGAGGUUGAAAUCACAGCUGAUGACGAUGAAAGUCAAACUGAAGGAGGUGAGAGUAUUGAGAAUGUCAGUGAUGAGAUCAGUGACACUUCCGAGUCCGUCUCAGAGGAGGAGAAUGAAGCAGAAGAGGAGGAAGAAAAACAGGAGGAUGAGAAGGAGGAGAAGGAGUCAGAGGAGGAGGAGGAGGAAAAGGAGUCGGACGAGAACAAGGAGCCAGACGAGGACGAGGACACAGAGGAGGAGGACAAGGAGCUAGAGGAGGUGGUGAUGGUUCCAAACCCUGAAGACUCCACUGAAGCGACGGCGUCUGACAAACCAGACCAGCUUGAUGACACCACACAGGCUUCAAAUUAGAUGCUGAUCGUCUGAACUGUGGAAGCUCGAAGACUUCAGAGCCACACCUCCACAGUGGAAUACUGUUGCCAUGACAACAACCCGCUAAACGCAUCUGAAACCCCCCUACCCUCUGUUUGUUUUCCCGCCUGCAUCCUGAUUGGUCGUCUGUCUCUUCCUCCUCUGGUUGCCGUAGCGAUAAACCUGAACUCUUCCACCAGUCGCCAGCCGGCGUCGCUGUCAUGUGACCUUUAACGCUCCGCAGAAACAUUAAACUGCUGCUGAUUUCACAUUAACGUGUACAUACAGUCCAUCGUUUACUGAUUUUUAAGAGGAGCCGAGGGACAAGCACAAAGUCGCUGAUUGUACACGGACGAAGUGCUAAUAAAGUUUGAACUGUCAGAACCUCA